UUUCACUCAACUUGGACUCUCGGCCUCAACUCUCUCCCCUCUUCUUGCACAUGACACGAACUCAGUCACACGAAACACCGACUCUUGCUGCUUCUCUCACGCCGUUCCAUACCCAACUUGCCUAGCUGCCUAACAACACCUCACCUGAGCUCUCCCAUCUCCUUACCUGCUCCCUCGCACCUGUAAGACCAGCCUACUUCGUCCCUCACACUCUCACAAAUCAGCAACCACAACCCUUACAGCUAGGCAAUUUCUAGCCGUUAGCCAACAAUACCAGUCCAGCCUCCUCUUCCCUCUUCCCUAGCCGCCGUCGAGCUCUUCGCAUCCCAGCCAAACCACCACUUGAUCUCACUCCUCUCCUCUUCCUGCAGCAGUGCGAUUCCCCAACCCCGUCGAACCUGCUCCAACUCCACCAGCCCGUUAAUGCAUUGCUGCAGUUCCCUACAUGAGUUCCCACUCACCCCGUCUCCCUUAGCUUUCUCCUCACAACAACACUCCGCCCUAACACCCAAUACCCAAACUUCUGCAGACGACCACACUCCCAACUACCUAUUUUGACAGUCCCUUAACGUUCUUCUAAAUCAUAGCCCAAAGCUGCCGCCGGCCACCACACCUCUUGCAGCCUUCCAACAAACUAACCUCCCGAGCCUUCUCUCUCUCAUUCCUCCUUCCUAUCCCUCUCUCCCUCUCUAAGGGGCUGUUUGGCAAUAAGUACGAUUUAGGGGAUAUUUGGUUGGCUAAAAAAAAGGAAUGCAGUGUAAAAAAGAAUACUUUGGAGCUGUUUGAAUGAGCAUAAAAUAAAUGCAGGUGGAUGUUUUAUUUUUUUUUUUUCGGUUUGAAGUAAAUGAAUGUAGUGUAAAGUCCUAAGAUGUUGGUCGGCGAUGGUGGCUGGAUGUGUCCAGUAGUUGUGGUGGUCGGCUGCAGGUGCCGACGACGGGAUGGUGGUGGCUGGCUGCUGGUGGCGGAUGGUUGCUACCAGGGGUGGGUGGAGGUUAUGGGUGGUGACGAACAACGACGAAGGUCAAUCAAGCUUGCUUGCGGGAGGAAUGGCUGGCAUGUGGAACUUUCCCACAACUCUAGGAGUGGUAGGGGCUCCCGAUGUAGCAGUGAGGACAUAAGUUGUUCUGAGUGCGGUCAAUCUGAUCAUGUUGCUAGGGAUUGUUGCCUUCAUGGAUCUGGUGGAUUAGAAAGCGGAAGACACUACCGUAGUUCCAGUGAUCAAUACCACCAAAGCCCAAGCUAUCGAUACAGGAGCUUUAGUCCCCUGAGAAGGUCCCCAAGAGGUAUCAGGGACACUACUUACAGGCAUGGCUAUCGUGGUCAGAGUUAUACCAGAUCUCCAAUAUAUCAUGGCAAUAACCCCCAUGAUUCAAAUGGGUGUAACUGAAGUGAUAUGAUGCCCUACUAGAAGCAGCAUCUGCAUUAUAUGAAUAAAACCAUUGGUUGCUGAUAGUGUAGUAGUCUACAACAAAGUGGUUGUGAGUGCCCUUGAACUCCUCAGGAUUCUCUUCUCAACUUGCAGUCCCUUGGAGAGGUUACAUUGUUUCAUUUAAUUCUUUCCUUAAUAUGUUUUCUCAAUUUAUAUAGUUACGCUGCAUAAGCAGUUUUUUUUUUUCUUAAACUUUGUGCUGAAAUCUUAGAUCUCAUGCUUGUGAACUUCUUCUAAAGUAGUACUCCUUUAUCUUUGAUUUGAGCUGAA